AUUGAAGAAGUGAAGUGAGAACAAUUUUAUGUAAUGCUGAAAAAGUGAGUGCAUUUACCGGAAUAAACAAAAAUACUAUUAAUAAACAUUACAAUACACAACUGCUCAUCGUUUCGAAACGAAAAUGUCGAUGAAUUCGAGCCCGAGCCACUUCCCCGAAGACGCUUUUGUCACCGAUGCUAAUUUUAAAGUUGGAAUUAAUCAACAAAUGAAGGUACCUGACCGAAUAAGUUUCUCUAAUGACUCAAACGGCGACAGAACGGGCUCCUGGAACAGAGAUAACUUCAACAUGAACGUACCGGAGAGGAUACUAGUUGCAGGCCAACAUCAACAUGUAGGAACCAGAGCACCGCCUCGAGAAAUAGUCUUCGACAAUUCGAUUAUCCAGUCGGAUCCCUAUCCGACUGACUUACCUCGAGUGGCGACUCCGCCGCGCACUCUGACCCUGGACAAGUACCCCUUCCCGGGCGUGGAGGACUUCGACGAGCCCGAAUUGAUAGACGAUGAACGAUUGCCCGUGGCCAAACGGAUACCCCAUAAGGUCCACAUGAACGACGUCAGUUUCCAGCUCAACGGUUCUCAAUACAACGAGAGCGGCGCCCAUCUCUACGGAGCAGCCGGAGAUAGUUUAACGCCCGCGGAAGAAGUGCUGCAUUUACGUAGACAGAUGGCGAAGUUGAAUAGGAGAAUAAUGGCGCUAGAAUUAGAAAAUAUAAAUAGACUGCAAAAGGAGAAGAUCGUCGUGGGAUUCGGCAUAGCGUAUUUUCUCUUGAAGGUUAUCAUUUGGAUGAACCGGGAUUAAGGACGUUUAAGGGAAUAGUUUGAAUGGAGUCUGAGUUGUCCUAAUAUUUAUCUGUGUUAGGUGAAGUAAUUGAUGAUUCACUGUUAUUUAUUUAUUAACUUUAUUAAGUCAAUUUACUAUUCAUUUUUAAUUAAAUCGUAAAAAAAACCAAAUAUUAUUUCUACUCGUUAAAUUUUUCAAUAAACUUAGUAUUAAUAUAGUUAGUAUGUUAAGUUAAUGUAUUUGCUUUUCAUAUUAUUUAGAGCUGUUUAUUAGGACUUCAAGAUGACUAUCUAGUUUAAUAGUUUCGUAUAUACCAACGUAUUUUAUUACCUCUACCUUUAGAGAGAUACUUUAAACAUUUUUAUAUAUAUUUUAGUAUAUAAAUUUUUGUUGGGAUUGUUUGUAAAUUUGACUACUCAAUGUAAUACAUUUGAAGGUAUUACACAAGUUUGAA